AUGAACGUGCAGGAAGACGAGAGUACGGACUUCGAAGAUGACUCGCGAACCGAAUCGGUGCAGAUGUACCUCGGCGAAUACCCGGAGAACGCGGAGCGGGAGGGCUCCGGGGAGAUGCUGGGGGGCAAGCUGGCGAGAUUGAAGACGCGGUUCAUGUCGCCGCGGGUAUACCUGGCACGCAAGCGGCUUUUGGUUUUGUUUCUGUCGAACAUGCUGUUUCUGGCGUGCCUGGUGCUGGUGGUUUUCUCGCUGCAUGUGGGCGUGCUGGUGAAUCAGCAGCAGUACCUGGGGCGGCUGCCGAUGCUGAUGGUGGUGCAGGACGAGGACGCGGGGAUGAGCGCGGAAUUGCUGCGGGCGGCGGAGCACGCGGCAGGACGGUGGACCACGGUGCACGGGGCGGCGGCGUGGUCGCACUUCGGGCUGGAGGAGGACGCCGACCUGGAUGAGUACCUGCAGAGCCUGAUACGCAAGCACCGGUACUGGAUGGCGCUGCACGUGCGCCCCGGUGCGACGGAGGCGCUGCGACGGUCGCUGGAUGACCCGGGGGCACCUGUGUUCAACUCCAGCGAGUUUUUCAAGGUGUAUUAUGAGACCGUGCGCGACUUCAACGCGAUGGGGAGUGUGCGGAAGCUGAUGGAGACACUGGAGGCCAACUUCCGUGCAUACUACCUUGACACGUGGCUUCCGGGCGAGCUGCGUGAGCGCGCCAAUACAAUUGACUUGUCUUCCACAGGGUCCAAUAUAGUGGCGGCCGGUAGCAUGCGGUGGAGCUACGUCGACCUAGGGCCCUUCUAUGAUCCCUCCUUGUACGGGAUAUUACAAGUGGGCAUGAUUAUAUGUCUUCUGCUCACCUUUUUCCAGCUGGCGAUGAUCAGCGCCUUACACACGGAGCUUUCACUGCUCCUGCGAACGUCGCAUCUUCUAUUGUACCGCUACAUUGUGUCAUAUGCCUCGUACCUGCUGCUCUCUCUAUUCUACUCUAUCGUCCCAAUUAUAUACCAUCUUGACAUGGAGAAAGCAUACGGGCGUGCCGGGUUCCUUGUCUUCUGGAUGACAACUUGGCUAUUCAUGACCGCACUUGGCGGGGCUAAUGAAAAUGUAAUCAGUGUAAUAUUUGAGUACUGUCCGCGAUUCGUUGGUUUCUGGCUAAUGUUCUGGAUAGUGUUCAAUAUCACCCCCACCUUCUACAGCCUGCACUUGGCGAAUGACUUCUACAAGUACGGGUAUAUCACGCCGAUUUACAAUGCCAGAGAAUGCUACAAGGUGUUAUUGUUUGACACUGACAGAGGCUAUUUGAAAGUCGCGUAUGUUGUAUUGGUUGCGUGGACUGUUCUGAAUGCGGCACUCUUCCCUUUGGCACUGAAAAUUGUGAAUAUUAAGAGCGGGAAACAGAAGUGA